AGACAUUAAAACCUGUUUAUUCUUGUGGAGUUUACGAACAUAAAUUCAUUGCAGUUAGACAUUUUUGAGUUUAAUUUCUGUUUGAAUUUGGCAAAUUUUGAGGAAGAGACAGAUAUGGAGAUCUGGAGUUGAGUGUGAAACCGUAAAAUUUUCCAUCGAUGGCUUGGAAUCCGUUCCAUGACAUCAGUAACUCGAAGCCAUUGUUCUUGACGAUCUACGCGACUGUUCUAAUCGGUAUCAUCUGCUCCUCAGUCUAUGUAUUCUCUGCUCUUUACGGCGGGAAAACUAUCGAUCCGACCACCUUGUUUUCUCCCGGUUACUCGACCACUCAACAUUCUACUCAAGUGGAUCAUGCUCCAAAUUCUGAACUUACGAAAAGGGGUGAAGCACCAUCAUUAUCUGCAUCAAAGCCUCAAAGGAUGAAGCCUCUAUGGGAGCUACCACCUCCUGGCUCAAAAAUGCCCCCUCUGAAGACCUUUCGACUGACAAAAGAGCUCGUGAGUGACAGGGUGAAAGACAAUGUUAUCAUUGUAACCUUUGGGAACUAUGCUUUCAUGGAUUUUAUCCUGAAUUGGGUUAAACACUUGACUGAUCUCGGCCUUCAUAAUCUUCUUGUCGGUGCAAUGGACACAAAAUUGUUGGAGGCUUUGUACUGGAAAGGUGUUCCUGUAUUUGAUAUGGAAAGCCACAUGAGCACCGUAGAUGUUGGUUGGGGCUCACCAACAUUUCACAAAAUGGGGAGAGAAAAAGUUAUCUUGAUAGAUGUUAUGCUGCCGUUUGGGUAUGAGCUACUGAUGUGUGAUACAGAUAUGGUUUGGUUAAAGAAUCCACUUCCAUAUCUUGCUCGUUAUCCUGAAGCAGAUAUCUUAACUUCAACUGAUCAAGUGAUACCGACAGUUGUUGAUGACAGGUUGGAAAACUGGCAAGAAGGUGAAGAUUGUAUUAAAGGCUUUGAUGAUUGUUCAUGUUUAUUUCAUACUUUACGGUUCUUAGUACACUUCUUCAGUUCUCAAAGUUCGGUGCUUUAUAAAUCUUCUGUGGGAUUUUGACAUUUUCUGUUCCUGUAGAGAGAUGAUCAUAACUUAAACCCUUAAACCCAAGAAAGACUAUAUGACUUUUCCUUUUCUAAAAGUGGCUAAUUAGGAGAGGGAAGGAGCAUGGAUAUAAAUUUUCAUCUUGUAUGUAAA